AGCAGUGUGAUUUACUAAACUCGCAUUAUCAAAUUUUCGUUACGACAAGGGCUUGCAAGAACACGCACGCCCAAGUCUUUGCGCCGCAUCGAGUUUCAGCAGCACAUACCUAUCCAUAUCAGGCAAACACCCAGCACAACCGCCACCAUACCAAGAAAUAUCGCCCCUUCUCAAACAUGGCUGGCGAACGCCCGUUCCCAGCAUCGCCUCUGCCCAUAGGCGGGCUGAGAAAACCCAGCUCGGGUGCUCACUCAACAAUGUCCCACGACUCGGUGCCGGUGCUCGGUGCCCAUCCCUACGGAUCUCUACAUGUUGUCCAGCCUGAUCAAACCAUGGAUACAGAGGAACGAGAAGAUAGCCUGCCACCUCCACUAGAUCCGCCGGAGAACCUGGGAGAUCGGAAACGGGUUCAGUUUAGCAAUGUUCAGCCAGAGGCCCUGGACGACUCGUCGACUCGUGUGGCCAUCAACCAUUCCAUGGGCGGAGGAGAUGUGGUGCUUAUUUUGGAUCUGCCUGAAGUCUAUCUCGUCGGAUACGACACGACCUCAUUUACUGCCAGGCAUUUCGGAGGCAUCAGAGAUAUACCGCCCGGCCCUCAUUUCUUUUGGGUAACUCACCCCGACAGCGGCGCCGUCAGGACUGGUUUCUGGAUUGUAUCGUCCGGCACACACCAAGUUCAUGUUUUGCAGUGGGACAAAUUUAACGAGACUGUUCUUGAACCAUCACGAGCAGAGGCCAGAAUCCAAGCUGAAAAUCUUGUCAAUUUUCACGACAAGCUGGUGCCCUACAACGACCCGUCGUCGGUCAACUCGGGGGUGGAAAAGCUCGAUGAGUCUGUCCAAAAAGCUUCGAGUGAGAAAUUAAAAGUUUGGAAAAGAUUGUCUGGGAGCGUCACCGAAAAAGUCCUUGGCCGCGUGACAGGGCAGCACGCAAACAGUUGGCACGUCGACACGACGGAUCGCGUCAAGGGGGCUGUGCUUUUGGCUGCAGAGAUGGAACUCGAAAGGAGAUUCUCAAACCAUCUGCUUCAGUCAAGAGAACUCAACUUUAGCUUCUCGCAGCACUCGAAAACAUAUUCUGCUGAUACUAUGGGGGCUGCUCGAAGCCUGGCUGCUACGGAUGCGACACCCUACAUGAUGUCUGUCAUGAAUGAGCCCAACAAGGAACUGUCCGAAGAUGACGUCGUUGGAGAGCUUCAGUUUGCCUUUAUUGUUGGUGUACAUCUUGGAAAUGACGCCUGUAUUCAGCAGUGGUGGCAUAUGGUGCUCAAGCUGAUCUUCAAGGCCUAUCUAUUGCCAGAGCACCGCCCAAUUCUCGCCGCUAAGCUGCUUCAAACCGUUGCCGCACAACUUGAAUAUAGCUCCGAGUGGCUGGAUGAAUCCAUCAUGGACUAUAGCGGCUCAAACAGCCAAGAGCUGAGACUCGCCCUCAUCAUCUACAAACGGCGGCUGGAUGAGGUCCUCAAGGGCCUCGGCGAUCUCGCCACAGCCGACCAGCUCAGAGUUGGCACCUCGUUCGCCAAGGUGGAGGCAGAAGUCGUGGAGCUCGGAUGGGACUUGCACGCCGACUACCUGCGAAAGGGCAAGGUGAUGAUGGAAGACGGCGAGGAGGUGGAGGUGGAAAUGGCGGAGCUGCAGGCUGAGGACGAGCGCGGCGAGUGGGCGCCCGAAGUUGUCGAGCUCGAUGAGCAUGGACGCCAGCGGGACUUGGUGUCGUGGAACGAUUAGGGGACUGCGGCCAUGGACGAGCGCGAGCGAGAUAUGGAGGAUGGCAGCGUGCAGCAUGAGGAGCCACGGGAGGGAUUAUUUGCUAGCUGGAUUGGCUUGGGUGUGGUUUCGAGGAUGGUGAAUGGGAGGAGGAUGAGUGCAUUGAAGAAGGCGAAGAAGCGGAUGAUUUUGUCAGAGUCUCCUUGAAUGGGUUUUCUUUUCUCUGGGUUUCAGUAAUUGUUAAUCCAUGUUUGGCGUUGGGGGCUGGGUGGGUGAAUAUGGAGCUUGUUUUGAUAACGGUUGGAUAGGAUGAAAAGAAAAGUGCUAUGGCUACUUGGGCCUAUGGAAGCAGUUGAGAGUCUGCUGUGCAGACGGGCUUGAAUAACAUAAUGUUUACUCG